CCUGCUCCUCCAGUACCUAUAGGCUUGUUCCGCAGAGAAGAGAAGGAGGGUGGCAUCUCGCCAACGACCUGCAACCACCGAGGCUGUACUGGACCCUCUAAAGUUUAAGAUUCCUGUUGAUAUCCUGACAUGAAGCUCAAUUUACUUGGUACCACCGUGAUUCUGCUAGUUGCUUUCUUACCGCGCUACGAAUGUCGGGCUAUUGAAAGUCCUGGCGGUGCCCUGCGCGUUCCCGCUCCCCAGACCCAGAUCUCCCAGCAGCACCAGCAGUCUGGCCCCAUCCUGGAGCGGCUCGGGGAGGAGUAUUUCAUCCGGCUGGGCAACGGGGACUCUAACUCUUUCCCUUCCAUGUUCCCCUCCGGGUUCAGCAGAGCGCUGCAGCUCACGCGGCGCCUCUUGCAGGGGAAAGUUGGAAACAUCAGGGCGCUCCUUGGAGAGGAUGAGGAGUCCAUGGAGAGGGGCAGGAGGUCUGAGGACCCGCCGAUCUCCCUGGACCUGACCUUCCACCUGCUGCGGGAGAUGAUGGAGAUGUCCAAGGCUGAGCAGAUCGCGCAGCAGGCGCAAAACAACAGAAGAAUGAUGGAGCUGUUCGGGAAGUGAAGCGCGCCAAAGACCUCCUCCUCCUCCUCCUCCUCCUCCUCUUUCUGUCGCAUCUCCACCAUCAGUGCUGCUGUGUCACUCUUAUUUAAAGCUUUAAACUGCGGAGCUAAACCGAGUUAAUGUCACCUCUUCAUGACUCCACUCUUUGUUUGUAUUGAUGAGAUUUAUGUUUGUUAAU